GAGGAGGGUUGGCAGUAGGGGAGCACCCCGCGGGGACGUUGGGGUGGUGGUGGGCAACGGGAGGGAAGGGGCAGCUCUCCUCUUUGGGAAUGUCCCCACUUGGUCACUGUGGGGCUGGAGGGGUCCCUCUGCCCCUCCACCUGUGCAGGAAGGGGCUGGCUGCGUGGUGCCACGGCUGAGCCCCCCCAAGGACCCGAUGUCCCUUCGGGCUGAGCUCCGAGAUAAGGUGACUGCUUGUCUCCAUACUGCAUGAGCUGCUGCUGGCUGAGCCCCAGCGUGCCGGGUCCGGUGCUGAGCAUGGGAGAGAACAGGAACCAUCUCUGCUUGGGAACUGCAGGCGUGAAGCCUAUCGGGAGCAUCCAUGGUGGGAUGUACACAGGGACCAGGUCCUGUGUGAGGUGCAUGGCGCUGAGCCCACAGCAGUGGGACCAGGGCUUGUGGCUUUGGCCGGAGCACAGGCACUGCAGAAUCAGGGCUGCUUGGGGCUGUGGCAUCCCUUGGAUACCACAGCCCCUCUCCUGUGGGACAGAGGAGACUGAGUGCAGGAUGUCUCCCACCUGUCCUCUACCCUUGCAGGUUUGGCUGUGGUGGCCUGAGAAUUAUGGGAAGGGGAUAUGGUGUCACUGGGACACAUGCAGCAUGAUGUCAUGCGGUGCUGUGAUGUUACUGUGCUGUCACUACUGUGAGGUGGCUUUGGGGUGUGGUGGGGCUCCUGCUGUGCAAUGUCACACGAUGUCAUGGCGGUGCUGGUCCGGGAUGGGAUGUGGCCCGGGAUGGGAUGUUGCCGCAGUGGUGACGCAUGACACUAGGGACGUGCAGCAUGGCGGCAGCGAUGUCACGGGGAUGGGGCGGCCAUGCAAGUGGCCAACUCCCAUGUCCCCAUGAUGUGUGCUGGUGUGCUGGGGACUACAGCUAUGUACAUGAGGAGCCCUGGGGCAGCACCUCCCUACCUGUGGUAACAGGUCUGUGGGGUGUGACCUUCCCAGGUUUGUGCAUGCUGGCGUUGCCCUCACCCCAUCCCAUUCUCCCCUCAGGGUACUUUUGGCAGCAGCCUUGCAUGGGGAUGGCAGUGCCAGGGAGCAGCUGUUGGGCCAGCACUACGUUCCUGUGCUACCCAGUUGUGCCCUGUGUGAGCACCCAUGGCACCCCUGCCUUGCUCCCAUCCUCCCUUUGUCCCUUCUGACCACUUCAGUUCCAUGCCACCAGGCUUAGCCAUGCUGAGCAGGAGUCCCAGUGUGACUGCAGCACCUGGAGUGACCUUGCCACUGGAUGCCAAGACAUGAGCUGGGACAUGGCUCUGCUGGGACAGGAGAGAGCUGAGCUCUACCAUAGGCAUACAAGCAGGACCCUGUUGCCUCAAACAUCCUUGUGCCAUGCUGGAAGCCACAGGGCCUCUUGCAUUCAGCAUUGAGCCUGGACCUCCCUCCCUUUUCCCAAAACAGCCUGGCUCUGGGCCGGCAGCCCCCACCAUGGCACCCAGAACCGGAUCUGUGGGAAAGAGCCUUUUGUUUCCAAUCAGGAACAUUGUUUCCUCCUGGAAAAGCUUCAUCCAGCUUGGAGGGAUUCCGGCUGCAGCUGGAUGGAGUGGGGGUGUGCCUGGGGAGUGGGCCAAGCCGCAAGGAACGGGAGCUGGAGGGGAGACAGAGCCCCAUUGAUGGCAUGGGGACAGUUCCCUGCAGGGCACCAGGCAAGGGAAUGCUGCACCAUGCUGGCUGGGGACAGAGAUAGGGGCUGGGGAAUCAGAGGGCAACCCUGUGCCCAUGUCUCUAUCUAUCUGCAUGGGCAGAUGCUCUGUGCCUUGUCCCCACGCUUCUCAGAUAAACCUUGGGGUAAGAUCCUUGGAGCCUUCUCCCUCCAUCUUCCCCUCUCCAAGCUGGCCACACAGGGCCCAAGGCACGAGGACAGGCUGAUAGUGAGACUGGUCACCUUUCCCCACUGCUUGUCUUUUAGGGGAUGCUCCUAAAGAAUUUGGAACAGCCCUGUCAUGGCCACAUGGCGUGGUGUCCCUUGCUGGGCAUCCCAGCCCUUCCUCCAGACUGGGAGCAGGGAUGGCUGCUCUUGCUUGCAGCUGGAGCACCUGUACACAGGGCCUUGCUCACAGCUGGUGCCAUGCAGCUUGCUGCUGCUGCUAGACUUUUCUCCUCUGCGGGGGACUGCCCGGCCCACAGUGAGUGCAGCAGUCCUGAGUGCCACCUCACUUGUCACCCACUCUAAAGCCAGGUCAGAGCCAGCUCCAAAGCUCCGCAGCCUUGCCAGCAGUGCUGGCAGCUACAGUCCUCCGCAGUCCAGGUUAAUUGAGCCUCUCCUCCCAGUCUCCUGUCACCUUCCCAUGGCUGCAGCCCUGUGCAGACAACCCCCCCACCGUCCAGCUGGGCAGGUACUGACCCCACAGAGUCCCAGGAGAAACAGCAAUGGCAGGAUGGGGAAACUAAGGCAUGUUGGAGCUGCACAGCAAUGCCUGAGGUCUCGGAACUGGAGAAUUGAAGGGUUGUGGGUUACUGAGUGGGGUGAGUGGUGAAUAGUGGAGGAAGAAUAGCUCGUGCAGGGGUGAUGCUCGGGCUCUGUGGAAUGGGGUCUUGGUGGUUCAACCAGCAGAGCUGAGCGGCUGUAGGUCUGUCUCAGGUGCCCAGGAUGCUGGCGCUGUGCCUGCUGUCCCUGGCCUGGCUCAGUGAGGGCUCCCAGCGCAGUGAGCCCAUGUUCACCGCCGUCACCCACCAACUGCUCCCGCCUGACUACGACAGCAACCCCACACAGCUCAACUACGGCGUGGCUGUCACUGACCUGGAUGCUGAUGGCAGCUUUGAGAUCGUGGUGGCAGGAUACAAUGGCCCCAACCUGGUGCUCAAGUAUGACAAGGCACGGGGCCGGCUGGUCAACGUGGCAGAGGAUGAGCACAGCUCCCCUUACUAUGCGCUGCGGGACCGGUCGGGCAAUGCUAUCGGUGUGACAGCGUGUGACAUCGACGGGGAUGGCCGUGAGGAAAUCUACUUCCUCAACACCAACAAUGCCUUCUCCGGCAUGGCCACCUACACGGAUAAGCUCUUCAAACUCCGCAACGGGCGCUGGGAGGACCUGCUGAGUGACGAAGUGAACCGCGAUGUGGCCAGCCGCUUCGCCGGGCGCUCUGUCGCCUGUGUGGACCGCACGGGCUCGGGCAGGUACUCUAUCUACAUCGCCAACUACGCCAGCGGCAAGGUGGGCCCACAUGCCCUGCUGGAGAUGGACGUGGCUGCUAGUGACCCUGCCCGUGGCAUCGUGGUGCUGGUGGACGUGGCCGCCCAGGCUGGUGUCAGCAAGUACACAGGGGGCCGUGGUGUGGCUGUAGGCCCCAUCCUGAGUGACAGUGCUUCUGACAUCUUCUGCGGGAACGAGAACAGCCCCAACUUCCUCUUCCACAACCGUGGGGAUGGGACGUACCGGGACGUGGCAGCUUUGGUGGGGCUAGAUGAUCCCUACCAGCACGGACGUGGCGUGGCAUUGGCUGACUUCAACCGUGAUGGCCGUGUAGACAUUGUCUAUGGCAACUGGAAUGGGCCGCACCGCCUCUACCUGCAGGCAGGGGCUCCCGGGCGCAUCCGAUUUCGGGACAUUGCCACUCCCAAGUUCUCCAUGCCGUCCCCUGUCCGCACUGUCAUCGCUGCUGACUUUGACAAUGAUCAGGAGCUGGAGGUCUUCUUCAACAACAUUGCCUACCGUGGCUCCUCUGCUAACCGCCUGUUCCGGCUCAUCCGCAGGGAGCACUCAGACCCCAUCAUAGAAGAGCUGAACCCAGGGGAUGCGCUGGAGCCUGAGGGACGGGGCACUGGGGGUGCGGUGACAGAUUUUGAUGGUGAUGGGAUGCUGGAUCUGAUCCUAUCCCACGGCGAGUCCAUGGCACAGCCACUCUCCAUCUUCAAGAGCACCCAGGGUGCUGGCAACAACUGGCUACGGGUCGUGCCACGCACCCGCUUUGGGGCCUUUGCGCGAGGAGCCAAGGUGGUGCUGUUCACACGGCGCAGCGGUGCCCACCUGCGAAUCAUCGAUGGUGGCUCAGGGUACCUGUGUGAGAUGGAGCCCGUGGCACACUUUGGACUGGGACGUGACAAAGCCAGCAGCCUGGAGGUGACAUGGCCUGACGGCCGUGUCCUGGUGCGAGCGGUGGCCAGCAGCGAGACCAACUCCGUCCUGGAGGUCCCCUAUCCCCGAGACACAGAGAAGCCACUAGUGCCCACUCUGCUGGAGUGCGGGCAGGGAUUCUCCCAGCACGAGAACGGACGCUGCGUAGACACCAACGAGUGUGCUGAGUUCCCCUUUGUUUGCCCCCGGGAGAAGCCCAUCUGCAUCAACACCUAUGGCGGGUACCGCUGCCGCAGCAACAAACGCUGCGCUCGUGGCUUUGAGCCCAAUGAGGAUGGCACAGCAUGUGUGGCCCAGGACUGAAGCCCCAGCACUCCCCCCGCAUCGCUGGCUCCGUCGCCUCGAUCCCGUGCCAUGUGCCUGCUGGUUUGGCCUGAGCCA